CCUCACUGUUACUGUACUUUCACUUUUUAUUUUAUUAUUAUUAUUAUUCACUUCCCCACAGAAGAACACAAGCCAUAUGCUGCUGUAGAGUCAAAACUUCACUUGUUUGCAGCUUUUGUCUGAAGGUCUACCGAUCAUGGCGACGUCUGCCGGAGACAGCAGCGUUCUCGAGGAGGAGCUGACGUGUCCAGUGUGUCUGGAUCUUUACCGUGAUCCACACCUGCUGCCCUGCGGACAUAACUUCUGUCUGCCGUGCCUGCGCAGACUCAAGAGCCGUGCAGACCACGGCCGUCUGCGAUGUCCCGAGUGCAGACAGACUCACCGCAGCUCCGCCAGCUGGCAGAAGAACUUCAAACUGGCCAACAUCGCUGACGGUUUCCGCCGUCGUGGCCAAUCAGAGCGCUCCGCCCAGAGCCGGAGCGACGCGUCUCGCAGACCCACCCAGGUUCGCUGCGAUUACUGUCCCGAGGACGCCAGCGAUGACGGGAAGGGUCCGGUGGCGGUUAAAACCUGCCUGAAGUGUGAAGUGUCCAUGUGCCCGAAGCACGUCCAGCCUCAUCUGGAGCUGCCGGCGUUCAGAGAGCAUCCGCUGGUGGAGCCGCUCGGUGACAUGAGGAAGAGGAAGUGUCUGGAGCACGACGAGAUGUUUCGGUACUAUUGCCUGGACGAGCGCUUGUUCCUCUGUAACGCCUGCACCAUUGAGGGAACGCACUGUGGACACUCCAUCAAAACCCUGAAGAACACCAUGAAGGAUUCCAAGACCUAUCUUGACAUUGAGCUGCAGAAGACGAACAGAAAGAUCCUUAAAGCAGAAAAAAAUCGACUGGAACAAAAGGAGAUUGAACAGCACAACAAGGCCUACCGUGACGACACAGACCAACACCUGGAUGCUUUCCGAGAGACUUCUAUUGCACAUCUGGAUGCUUUUCUGUCCUCGCUGCGUGAGUGCCUCCGUACUUACGACGGUGAGCAGUGUUUGGGAAUCCAGCAGAACCUGAGUCGAAUAACACAAGAUCAAACCCGUCUACAAGAGGUUCACUCGGGCUUCGAGAGGCUUCUACAGGAGAGCGACGCUUUCCAGUUCAUUAAGGAUUACAAUUCAUCUAUAAAAAGGUACCGGCGGCUGCUGAGAAAGCCUCUGUUUUACCCUGAUGAGCCCACAGUCGACACAGAGCCGCUGUAUGAAACGAUGGAAGGAAAGAUGGGCGAGUUCAUUGCUGAACUGCGGCAACACGCCAGCACACUCAUCAGCACCAUCUGUGAAUUUGACGGGGGAGAUGCUGAGGAGGAGGUGGAUGACAACGACGACGACGAUGAAGAUGAUGAAGAUGAUGAUGAAGAAGAAGAAAGUUUUGAUGAGGAUGAUAAUGAGGAUGAAGAGGGUGAGGAGGAGAUGAGGAGUGAGGAAGAGGAGCAGCAGAACAUCACUGACUCUGGAGAUGAAGAAUAUACGCCGGAGGAGGAGGAGGAUGAGGAGGACUAGAAGAAGAUCUGCACUUGAGUUCCCGGAGCCGAAGUCUUCAUACGAGGGUGAUCUUACACACAGAGCUCAUCAUGCAGUGGACUGCUGUUUGACGUUUCGGUGAAAUGCUUGCUUUGCCAUUAUUUAAACAGAAAAUUAGAUUUUCCAAUAACACAAAAUAUUAUAGACAACAGGUCACACUUGAGUGUUGAACCUGACAAAUUGUGGAUGAAAACGACUUCCUGAGAUAUUAAUAAUGUCUUUAUAACAGUAUUUAUUAGUUUGAGGAGGAGGAGGGGGAGGGGUAUAAAUAAAAUAAAUAAAUAAAUAAAUGUAAAAAAAUUCCAGUUGGGUAUGUUUAAAAGUUCAGGGUACAUAAUGGCAAUUUGGGAUGGGCUCCAUUUGCACUUUUUUUUUUUUCCAAGUUGGUUCCAGUAUAUUUUGAUUUUUCUUUCAUCCAGAUGGUGGGAGGAAAAAAAUAAAUGUAUAGCUUUUUGCAACUGUUAGUAAUUGUGUAAGA